AUGGACAUCAAAAAAGUUGCAUAUGGUUCUGGAAGAUCUUGUUUUCUAGAAAUCGUCACUAAUGUUUGCUCUCAAAAAUCACUGAUUUAUUUGGAUACAAAAUACCAUAACCUAUUGGAUAUUUUAACGGAAUACACUUCUGAAGAUAAUUGUGACUCUUUUCAUGAUGAAUGGAUGGCUAGACAAUGUCAACCAAAUAUGAAUAAAUUUCUGAAAGAAGCCGAGAAUCCGACGGGAAAUGUUUCAUUGUAUGAUUUAUGUGAUAAUGUAGCGAAUCCAGAAUCCAGAGCCAGAAUCCAGAAUCCAGAAUCCAGAAUCCAGAAUCCAGAAUCCAGAAUCCAGAAUCCAGAAUCCAGAAUCCAGAAUCCAGAAUCCAGAAUCCAGAAUCCAGAAUCCAGAAUCCAGAAUCCAGAAUCCAGAAUCCAGAAUCCAGAAUCCAGAAUCCAGAAUCCAGAAUCCAGAAUCCAGAAUCCAGAAUCCAGAAUCCAGAAUCCAGAAUCCAGAAUCCAGAAUCCAGAAUCCAGAAUCCAGAAUCCAGAAUCCAGAAUCCGCAAUGACUGCUAUUCCGGCCUCUGUCAUGUCAAUCAAGACUUGACCGAAGCUUUGGACGAAUUUUGUGAUAUGGUCGAAGCCAAGGCGCUCGAACCCAAAACAUUCUACUCGUGUAUGGUGAAAAUCCUAAAAUCGGAUGCGAACCUGGAAUAUGAUUGUGUACGUGCAAAAAAUAGGGGUUCAAAUGGUACUGAAAUAACAAUGGCCGAUAGAGCUGUUUUUAUGGUGGAUAAGGAAUGCACGAGAACUGUGAUGGAAGGAAUGUGUGAGACGACAGCUAUGAGCACUUUCGACGAAGAUUGGGAGAAGCAGCAGAAUAGUGCUCGUAAUCAAUCUCAAAUAAUUUAA